UGAUCAUUUACACCAGCAUCUACCCUCCCCUUCAUAAUAGUAAUCAUAAUCUUCAGUAGUAGCAAAAGAGCUAAAGAAAGGUAGAGAAAGACAGAGUAAUAGAUUACUGCAGAAAAACAGAUUUGCAGCUCAGAGAGAAAAGAGAGGUGGAAAGAAAAGGUGGGUUGGUGUUUUCUGCUUGUUAUUCACUAGCUUUUCAUUGGGUUCACAUGUAAAAUUCCUUGCCCAAAGUGUUUUGUUUUCAGCCACAAGUCUGUAGGUAUAGAUAUGGUAUGACUAUGUGAUCAGGUCGAAUUGGGUUCUAUUUUACCCUGUUUUCCUGUGUUUUUUGCAUUUAUAUUUUUUUUACUAAGGAGGGUAUCUAGAACAAGGGAAAAUUAAAGAUAACUGAGGUCUGAAUAAAGGGAGAGAGAGAGAGAUGGAUUCAGAGCAGCAGCAAUACCAACAUCAUUUCCAAGAUUUCCCAAGACAGUUUCACCAGCAAAAGCAACAAACCAACGGUCUCACUCGCUUCCGAUCAGCGCCGAGCUCAUACUUUGCAAGUUUUCUUGAUGCUGCUGCUGAUACUGCCACUGCCACUGCCACAGGUGGUGUUAGUGGCACGGUAGGAGGAGAGAGGCGAGACUUUCCGGCUGCUAGACCACUAAGUCCUGAAACAGAAUGCAUCUUUGCCAGGUUCAUGAACAGCAUCGACGAAGAAGAUAACUCAUCACAAAAACUAAGCAACAUACCUGAAAACGCGGCUGUGCAACCUGAGUUUACAGUGAGGGUUAAGCAAGAAACGGAUAUUCAACAACAGUUGCAGCACCAGCAGCAGCCGCAGCAGCAGCACCAACAGGGUAAUUACAACAAUCAAUCUCAGAUGAUGUAUCAUAGCCAAUCAAAACCACCUUUGUCAAAUCACCACAAUACAGCAGUCAGUUCAGCAAUGCAAAACACAUUUAGGGCAGCAGCUUCUAGUUCAAUGGGGAUAGAUUCUAUAUCCCAUAUGAAGACUGGAUUUGGUGGGGGCAUCAACAAUAGUAAUUCCGGCCUCACAAGGCAUAGCAGCUCCCCCGCUGGAUUUUUCGCCAACCUAAACAUUGAUACAACUGGUUAUGGCAUGAUGGGAGGAAUGGGGAGUUAUGGAGGUAGUAAUGUUCAAGUAAAUUAUUCAUCGGGACAACCCUCUUCAACUUCGGAACUGGUGAAUCAAAACUCAGAUGUUGGGGCAAAAAGAUUAAGGAUGAAUAGCCUAGAUGAAACAAAAUUCAGCAAUUCAAGCAACAACCCCAACGAUGACAGCAACUAUGACUUCCCCAUGAAUUCAUGGGAUGACUCAAUUUUGUCAGAAAAUUUCUCAGGCUUAGAUAGAGUUGCAGAUGAGGACAUAAAGGUAUUUCCUGAGCUAAAUGCAUCAGAAAAUCAGAGUGGAGAAAUUAAAAACAGACCUCCGCCAUUGACUCAUCAUCUGAGUCUACCAAAGACAUUACCAGAACUGUCAAAUAUGGAGAAAUUCCUGCAGUUCCAAGACUCAACACCUCUCAGAAUCAGGGCUAAGAGAGGAUGCGCCACUCACCCAAGAAGCAUUGCUGAGAGGGUAAGAAGAACUAGGAUUAGUGAAAGGAUGAGGAAGCUUCAAGAUCUAGUUCCCAACAUGGAUAAGCAAACAAACACAGCAGACAUGCUAGAUUUGGCUGUUGAUUAUAUCAAAGACCUUCAGAAGCAUGUUGAGAACCUCGCUGAUAAUCGAGCAAAGUGUACCUGCUCAAGAUAGUUGAUGCCAGCCAACGAACUACGAAAAGACUGCUCUAACAGUACAGAAGCUGCGGUGGAAAGACAACAGAAACCCAUGGUGGGCUGAUUCUCCUCUUUUUUCACUGAAAUACAAGAUCACAAAUUAAAGUUAGGAAAAGAGAGAAAAGAUGGACAAUAGAGUAUGCUUUACAUAAUCAGGGUAUGGAAGGAAGGUAAAAAAAAAAAGUACCACUAUUGUCUCCUAGGUAAGAUCUAGAUCCAUUUGAUGCCAAAAGCAAUUGUAUAGGCAACAAUCCACGUGUACACAUAUCAUUAUGUGUAGAAAUUAGGCAUGUAGUGAUUAUUAUACUAUUCCGAGAAUGUGGGGAGAGAUUCCUCACUGAUGGUUAGCCGACUUUGUCCUGUAGUAUCAUCUGUCAUAUAAAAUAGAAAUCAGUUAGCUAUCCAA